AUGGUGCUUCUAAGAGCCACGGCUUUCGUUUUAGUCUUCGCCGUGCUGACGGCCGCGUUCUCAGCGGUGCACUGGCCGCUCAGACGCUCGUGGAUCGACGACCUCAUUGCACCUGAAGAAAGGGAUGAUGAUCCGCCCAUAGCAGUGUGUCUGGUGGGGUCGGCGCGGGCCUUUGAGGCAACGGGCCCCUCGCUGCCGCGCCACCUACUGCUGCCCUCCGCACACCCCUCCCCCCAACACCUCUCCCACCGUUCCCACCUCCCCCACCUCUCCCACCGCCCCUUACACCUCUUCCUGCACGAGCCUCUAGACGAAACCUCUGCCAAACUCAGCUUCCUCCGAAGCUUCGUCCGCAGUACCAGCAGCGGCAGCUGGGGCAGCACUAUCAGCUGGGGCAGCGGUAUCAGCUGGAAUUCUGGAUUAAAACGGAAGGCGAGGGGUAAUGACGUGGCAGCUCGGGAUUGGUCACAGCUGGCGCGGGAAAACGCCAUAGCAGCUGUGAGGGUCUUCCCGAACAAUGACGUGGAUGAGACAAAAUACCCCACUGGCGUGAUGUUCACUGGAGAUUCCCCCAGCGGCCUGCAGGGACUGCUACAGUACUUCCGCCUGGUGGAGGGGUGCUGGGACAUGAUCCAAUCGUUUGAAGCCACGUCAGCACCGCCCCUGCGCUACAACUGGAUCGUGCGAGCCCGCCUCGACUCCCUCUGGACCGCCCCCGCCCCCAUCCAACCCCCGCCGCCCAUCCUGCCGCCCAGUGUCCCUGCUAUAGCCACCACCGCCGCUGCACCAGCAGGAGCAGCAGCAGCAGUAGCAGCAGCAGCAAUUGUUGAUGACAUUGGGGUGGGUGAUAACUUGGCCUACACGAUUCCGUAUGGGUCGGACUGGUGGGGGCUUAACGACCGGUUUGGGAUGGGAGGGAGGCAGGCGAGUGAAGCAGCGUUGAAGCGGCUGAGUGCGCUGCAGCUGCUGGCAAGGCGGAAGAUGCGGAACCUCAAUUCAGAAGGAGCCUUUAAAGCCCAGCUAUCGCUAGGGGGCAUCAAGGUGCAACGAGCCAGCCUGCCCUUCUGUGUGCUCUCCCAACGCACCUACACUGACGGCUGUGCCCCCACCGUUUACUCCCUCAACUCUUCCGUGCCGCUAAAUGGCGCCAAAUGCCGCCCGUGCAGCCGCCCGUGUGCUACAGGCGAAAAGGCCCGAGCUCUCGUCUCCCGCAUCGCCCCUUCCGAACCUAACUGGCCGGGGCCUGCAGCUGGGGAGGGCGAGGUGGGGGUGUGUGAUGCGGCGAGGGGGUGGGAGAAAGGGUGGGAGGCGGAGUUUGAUGCGGUUAUGGGGGAGGAUAUGGCGGAGGGGAGGAGGCAAGUGGUGCAGGAGGCAAUGGGGAGUAUUGACGAGUGUGAGCAAGCAUGGGAUGAGUUCCACGCCCUCACGGUCUCCUGGGAUGCGCCAUCACCCCGAGCAGUGUGCGUGCGAGCCCGCAUGGGGCCCAGCGCAUGGGUGGGGGGAGGGCCGCGGGGAGACGGGAGAUUUGCCACGUUUCUCUCCCUGCUCUCUGCAUCAAGCAAUGUGGUGGUUGUGGUGGAGGGAGGUCAAGACAGCAGCAUGCUUCAAACGAACCAGCAGCCACUGGAGGGGGAUGAAACAAGAGGCAGUGCUGGAGUGAAAAGGAGGUUGCUUGGGCACCUGAGGCACCUAAGGAGGUUGCUUGCACCUGACACUGUAGCACCUGGCAAUUUAUCACCUGACACUGUAGCACCUGGCAAUGUAUCACCUGACACUGUAGCACCUGGCAAUGUAUCACCUGGCACUGUAGCAACUGGCUCAGUAACACCUGGCGUUGUAGCGCCUGGCACUGUAGCACCUGACACUGUAGCAGCUGGUGCUUCUGUAUCACCUGGCCCUGACACUGUAGCACCGAUUGUGGAUGUGGGAGUGUUCAGUGCAUGGAAGAAGGAUCUGGGCCGUCGGAUCAAGGGCAUCUCCAUCUCUCACCGUACGCUCGCAUGGCUGCAGGGCGAAGCAGCGAAAGAAGAAGAUGCUCCAAUCGAUGUUCUCCUG